AUUUUUAGACAGUAACAAAGGCAGAAAGCACACUGGUCAGACCACACAGUUUGAGAAGCAGGGUGCUGUGCUAACAGCAAUAGCCCUCCUCAGCAAUUUUGUAAUCAGCAUUUACAACAAUACCCAAAGAAAUACACAAAAUUAUCAAUCAGCUCAGCAAACACACUGCAUUUAAUCCAGAAAAUUCAAAUGCCAAAUCCAUCCCACUUCUCUUUCAAAGAAGAACACAACAGAAGCCCACUAACCCAGCCUCAGCAGCCGCUCUUUGCACCCUCCUGCCCACCGGACCCCAGCUGCUCCUGGUGCAGCUGUUCCAGAGCUGAGCACACUCAGCUCAGGGAAUCCUUCUGGCCACAUCCCCCACAGCCACCCUGUGCUCUUCUCUACCCUUCUAGGUCUUACACCUCUUUUCUACCAGCUCCUGAAUCUAUCUAGGCAGGAGUUAGGAGGCUUUCCUUAGCUUUUGGCUCAAGGAAGACUUAACCACAUAUGUCAGGCAGAGUUUAUGGACUAAUACUACAAAUGUUCACCUUUAUAGGCUGGGAGCAGUUCAUUAGAAUGAUGUGCAAGCCUGAGUGACCACCCUGAGAGGACACCUGAGGGCUUGGCAGUGACAGCCAAAGUACAACCCAGGGGCAGAAGCUGAAAACAGGAGAUUUCAUUCUGCUGCAGCUGGUGGCUGAGCACUUCUGCCUGGGAUGGCGGAGGAUCAGGAGCUGACUCAGGCACACAAAGCUCCACUGGAGCCCUCCCUCCAGCAGCGCAGCAGCAACACUUACCGCAGUGCAGAGCACUCGCAGGCGCUGCUCAGCGGCCUGGUGUCUCUCCGGGACAGCAGCAUCCUCUUCGAUGUGGUUCUGGUGGUGGAAGACAAACCCAUCGAGGCUCAUCGCAUCCUUCUGGCCGCGUCCUGUGACUACUUCAGAGGAAUGUUUGCAGGAGGACUGAGAGAGAUGGAACAAGAAGAAGUUCAUAUUCAUGGCAUCUCCUACAAUGCAAUGUGUAAAAUCUUGAACUUCAUUUAUACUUCUGAGCUGGAACUCAGUGUGAACAGUGUACAGGAAACCUUAGCUGCAGCCUGUCAGCUUCAGAUUCCAGAAGUCAUUAAGUUCUGUUGUGAUUUCCUCAUGUCCUGGGUAGAUGAAGAGAACAUCCUUGAUGUGUACAGACUAGCUGACCACUAUGACUUGAGGCAUUUGAGUGAGCAGCUGGACUCGUACAUUUUGAAGAACUUUACAGCUUUCUCAAGGACACAAGUGUACCGACAGCUACCCCUGCAGAAGGUCUACUCCCUUCUCAGCAGCAACCGUUUGGAGGUUAACUAUGAGUUUGAAGUUUAUGACGGAGCACUUUUUUAUCACUAUUCUCCAGAGGAACUGGAGACAGAUCAGGUCUCCCUGAUGGAGCCCCUUAAGCUCCUUGAGACAGUUCGUUUUCCUCUGAUGGAACCCCAGAUCCUGCAAAGGCUUCACGACAAAUUAAGUCCAUGUCCUUUAAAGGAUACAGUUGCAGAUGCAUUAAUGUACCACAAGAAUGAAUGUCUUCAGCCAAUGCUUCAGAGCUCCCAGACACAGCUGAGAUCAGAGUUCCAGUGUGUAGUGGGAUUUGGAGGGAUGCAUUCUACUCCAUCCAUUGUCCUCAGUGAUCAAGCCAAGUAUCUGAACCCCUUGUUGGGGGAGUGGAGGCACUUUACAGCUGCGCUAGCCCCCAGAAUGUCCAACCAAGGGAUUGCUGUUCUCAAUAAUUUUGUAUAUUUAAUUGGUGGAGACAACAAUGUAAGUGGUUUUCGAGCGGAGUCAAGAUGUUGGAGGUAUGACCCACGACACAACAGAUGGUUCCAGAUCCAGUCCCUGCAGCAAGAGCACGCAGACCUCAGUGUUUGUGUCGUGGACAACUAUAUUUAUGCUGUCGCAGGCCGAGAUUACCAUGAAGACCUGAGGGAAGUGGAGAGGUAUGAUCCUAAAACCAACACUUGGGAAUAUGUGACACCUCUGAAGAAGGAGGUGUACGCCCAUGCAGGAGCAGCGCUGGAUGGGAAGAUGUACAUCACCUGUGGGAGGAGAGGAGAGGAUUAUUUGAAGGAGCUGCAGUGCUAUGACCCAAGGACUGACCGCUGGGAUGUCCUGGCAGAUGGCCCAGUGAGACGGGCGUGGCACGGGAUGGCUGCACUGCUGGGAAAGCUCUACGUCAUCGGGGGAAGCAACAACGAUUCUGGCUACAGGAGGGAUGUUCACCAGGUUGCCUGCUAUAAGCCAAGCACAGACCAGUGGACAAAUGUAUGUCCACUUCCUGCAGGACAUGGAGAGCCAGGCAUUGCGGUUUUAGACAACAGGAUUUACGUCUUGGGAGGCAGAUCCCACAACAGGGGAAUCCGCAUGGACUAUGUCCACAUUUAUGAUGCAGAGAGAGACUGUUGGGAGGAAGGACCCCAGCUGGAGGAUGAUAUUUCUGGGAUGGCUGCCUGUGUCCUCACGUUGCCCAGGGCUAUUUUAAUGGAAUCAGAGAAGUGGCUCUCAGAAUGGCACGCAGACCGAAUGAAGCAUCACCUUGACUUUCCAUCAGAAGUUAUGAGCGUAUCAGACUGGGAGGAAUUUGACAACUCAAGUGAAGAUUAGAAAACUUUAAUUGUUUUAUUUUUUUUUUUGCCAGUGGAUGAGGAAACUAAGGCUUGGGAAAAGUACUUGAGAGAUUUUAUAUGUCUUUCUUAUAUACAUAAAAGUAUUUAAAGGUUUUAAAAAUAAGUGUUCCGCACAAAAUGCCAUUCACAGUCAAUAUUUACCCAUCUGCAAGUGUUCUGCACAAAAUGCACUUAGUCAGUAUCUGCCCACCUGCCAGAAAGCAGUGGUUUUAAAGUAACCACACAACUGCCAUUUUCUCCCAGUUGUAUAGAGGUUCUUGUAGUUGGAAGGAGGCUUUUCUCAGCCUUCACCAUGGACAGGAAAAAAAAAGCACAGAAGGCUCAGCUUGAUUAGCUUCUUUCCUUCCAGCUUUUAGCUUGAAAUAGCUCCUUGAGAUUUCUUUUUCCUUUUCUUUUGGGUAAUAAAAUUUCCUAGCCAGCUUAAUACAGGAAGGUAACACCUAGUGCUGCCCUCCUGUGCCAGGUGUCAGACAGCUUGAUUAGUUUUUCAGCAAGAGUGAACAUACAGAAACAGGAACAGUAGCAAGAAAGUCUGAACCUUCAUCUCAUCUGGGCAUGCAGCCAUCCUUGUAACUGGCUGAGUCUGUGAACUGACACCCACUCCUGAACUUCUAUACUGUAAGUUCUGUCAACACAGUGGAAAGAAGAUUUCUAGAAAAAUCUCUCUGUACAGAAUAUGGCAAUCUCAUCAUUCCACUGUCAGACACAUUUGUUCUCAACCGUAAAUGAAUAAAUUCUUGUCAGAACUUUUUUAA